AUGACGGACCUGGCGUCCAACGAGAUCAACAAGGGCCUCGCCGAGUCCGACCACAUCGAGUGGCCCGCGACUCUCGUGCUCGUCGCCAUCAUCGUGUACGUGGCCUGUUUCUCGUCGGUCGUGGCCACGAUUGCGUGGAUCGGCACGGAGCUGAUCCUCCUUGAUGCUCGAGCUCUUGGGACUGUACAACCAAUAUCGCUCUGCCAAUCAUCCGCGGACGCCGAGAGCGUCGGUCACCGUCAACUCCUUGUGAACGUCUGGAUAUUCAAGCAAGUCGCUAUGACGAUCUUCACAUUCCGGUGCUGGAACUUGUGUUUCCCCAAGAGACUCGAGGAGCAUUGUCGGUCGUGCCAGAUUCGUUCCGAAAUCUCGGUCAUGUUGGACGCGUGCUGGUGA